CAAACAAAAUACUACGUGCUUCGGGUAAAUUUGAAAGGAAUACAGAGGGUUGUAGAAGCAAACUUUUAUGCUGUAUAAAGGAUAAUAACGGCUAUCUACCCAGUUGAAGGAACUCCAUAUAGCCACUACAAUGGUGACAGCAAAAAUACUACAUUCCCCAAGGUAUAUUCCUAAAGCAGAGCUCAUUGCUUAUUGUAAAAGAAUACAUUUGUGCAAAAGAAAUAUUUAUGGUCCUCAGCGUUUUCGAUGUGCUGAAUGGAAAUACGUCAAGAAGAUAAUACAUCUAAUUGCUCGUGACAUUUGUGAAGCAGAUGCAAAUCAUCAGUAUACCAGUGACAGUGACGGUUCCCAUCCAAUGUUAAAUAAACGAACCGUUGACCGAGGAAGGUAAUUGUCUGAUUUGCCUUUGUAAAGUAUUAAUUUGUUAUGUAGAAUUAGUGUUUGUACGCAUCAAGUGCUUAUGAAAAAAGUCCAGCAACAAGAUACAAGUUAACAUCCGCUUCUGCCUGCUUCUUCAUAUUCAUUGUCAAGUGUUUCGGUAUGAUGGCACAAAAUUUUGCAAGAACUAGCUUUCCCCAGCAGGUAUCAUCAGAUCAGGCAAGUCAAGAGCGAUCUGAAAUCGCGUUUUCAAAUGGAGCAUCGUUUUCCGCAAUAUCCGCGGGAGGUGGUUAUAACUUUAGCACUGGACAUCAUGUGACCAGAAAUGGUAUUCUUAAUGGUAACAGACAGCUUGAAUCAGCAUACGCACCGACUGUAGGAACGGCGACAGUACCUCAAAGAUCGGUCCGACCCGCAAGAUAUCCUGACUUUAUAGACUACAGUCAAAGGCUGCAAACAUACGCAAGAUGGACGCGUUCAAAUCCCGGCCCAGUAUGCCUUUGUGAAGCCGGCUUCUUCUUCACAGAUCAAGGUGACCUGGUGCGCUGUUUUCAGUGUGGUAUUGGUCUCAAAGAUUUCUCAGAAGGCGAUGAUCCCAUACAAGAACAUGUACGAUAUUCGGGAGAAUGUCAGUACCUUCUUGAACAUCUCGGAGCUGCAAGAUUAUCUGCUAUAAAGACCCAGCAAGCAGAAACUAAUGGACAAGCACGUGACCUGCAACAUCCAGAGACAAGCGUGCAGUGCCGACAUCCUGAAUACCAGACAUAUGAGGCCCGUGUUUCAUCAUAUACUGGCUGGCCGAAUUAUUUACACCAGACACCUGCCGAAUUAGCUGACGCUGGACUGUACUAUACAGGAUUCGAAGACCACGUGCGCUGUUUCAUGUGUGAUGGUGGACUUCGACGUUGGGACGCGGAUGAUAUUCCAUGGACAGAGCAUUGUCGCUGGUUUCCGGCAUGUGAUUAUGCCAGGGAGAAGAAAGGGGAUGAAUUCAUAGCGCUUGUUCAAGCUUCGGAACAAUAUAACUCAGAGGAGCCAGAAAACGAGGAAGCCCCCGGUCGUCAAGGUCUGCCUGGUGCAACUGGACAGCUAGCUCUGAGAGAUCCAGUAAUAAAAGCUAUUCUAGAGGAACAUAAGAACACCUGUCUAGAGAUGGGAUAUCAACUGAUAGAUUUUAACGAAGCUGUAGAAGAUCUGCGAAACAUGGGUUCUAUCAAACCCACUAUAGAGGAGAUAAUUGAAAUGGUUGAGGUAAUAAAGGAAAAGAAACAACGCCAGGAAAAAGCUACUGAGUUAGAACGACGUCAUCAGGAAACUCCCAUGGAAGAAAAUAUGCGUCUUAAAAGUUUGAUAAAAUGCAUGACGUGUGGACGGAAUGAUGUUAACGUUUUGUUCAUUCCAUGUACGCAUCACCGUCUAUGCAUGGAGUGCGCUGAACCACUGACACAGUGUCCAGUAUGCCAGAGACACAUUAGGCAGAAGAUUCGAACUUACUUAGUAUAGAUAAAGCCUGUAUUUACCAAAGUACGUUGGUGUUUGGAGCGUUUGUAAAAUGUAGCACUAUUUUUGUGUGAAAUAAACGUGAAAGCUACAUGUACAUGGAUGAUAUUGCGAAACAUGCGACUUUGUGUUUAUUAAAUUAUACACAAUGUUUUGUUUUAUGGACCAUUAUGCAAAAACAUGCAUUUAGCCGUAUACCAUUAAUCACUGAGGAAACGUGUAAACAAUGGAAUUUAUAGUGAAGCAUACAGCAUUGUGCAUAUUUAGGUGUACAACGGACUUUGCUAUACUAAUUGGCACUGAACAUAUGUGUUUUUAUUAUGACUAUUUAAUCACAUAUGAUGGACAAGAUUUGAUCACAUACAUUCAAGUAAGACAAUGUUGGUGCCGGAAUGACUGGAAUGUUUUGCAUUCUGUGUUACGAGAAUUUGUUGAAAUGCGCGAAGCCGUUUUUCGUCUUUUGUUUUGUAAUUUGUAUCUUGAUUCUUCAAUUGUCUAUCUAAAUGUUUAUAAUGUUGUUAACAAAAAUAUGUUGAAUGAUCAUCCAUAAUCAUGUUAGGGAAAGAAGUCUGUGUCAGCUGUCCUUUUAAUUAUUAUAACAUAUCUAUAAAAGUUUCUGAAUACAGAUAACCCAAUUUUUGAAGGGUUGCUUGACUGGUAUUUUUCUUAAAAGUAUUAACAGCAGUUUAAUGACCACCAAUUUAAAUGUGGUAAUUUGUACAAAAGAAAAACGUCAUUGACAACAUAAAAGUACGGGCAAUAAACGAUGUCGAAGAAAAAGGCUAAGCAAAGAACAUAAGGUGUCUCAUAUGGUAAUGUACAUGUAAUUGUGUAGGAAAUAAUAUAACACAAGAUAAGAUAUGAUAAAUCUCUUAUGAUAGUGACUUGUGUUUACGUUUAUAAUAAUGAACAGACCUAUACAUACUUGCAUUAUAAGUCACUUUAUUUACAGAGUAAAAUUUAAACGCAGGCAAUAACAAAGAUGACAACGGUAUUCUAAGUAAUAUUGUUUUUAUGUUAUUGUAUAUGAUUUUACAUCAGUAUAAUGAAUAAAUGAACGUAGAAAAUUUGCAA